AUGGAGGCCCUGGAGGAUGCCGACUUCCACAACAAGCCCAUGGUACUCCUGGUGGGCCAAUACAGUACGGGGAAGACCACCUUCAUCCGACACCUCAUGGAGCAAGACUUCCCCGGUAUGAGGAUCGGCCCCGAGCCCACCACAGACUCCUUCAUCGCCGUCAUGCACGGCCCCAUGGAGGGGAUCCUACCCGGGAACGCGCUCGUGGUGGACCCCAAGAAACCCUUCAGGAAGCUCAGCGCCUUCGGAAACGCCUUCCUCAACAGGUUCAUGUGUGCACAAUUGCCUAAUCCUGUCCUAGAGAGCAUUAGCAUUAUAGACACUCCAGGCAUAUUGUCUGGGGAGAAGCAGCGGAUCAGCCGAGGCUAUGACUUCGCUGCAGUCCUAGAGUGGUUCGCAGAACGCGUCGACCGUAUCAUUCUGCUCUUUGAUGCCCACAAGCUGGAUAUAUCCGAUGAGUUUUCUGAAGUUAUUAAAGCACUCAAAAACCAUGAAGAUAAAAUCCGUGUUGUGCUUAACAAGGCAGAUCAAAUUGAAACCCAGCAGCUUAUGAGAGUAUAUGGAGCCCUCAUGUGGUCAUUGGGCAAGAUCAUCAACACUCCAGAGGUGGUGCGUGUGUAUAUUGGUUCAUUCUGGUCCCAUCCACUGCUCAUACCAGACAAUCGUAAACUGUUUGAAGCAGAGGAACAAGACUUGUUCAAGGACAUUCAAUCACUGCCAAGGAAUGCUGCUCUUCGCAAGCUAAAUUACCUCAUUAAAAGAGCUAGGCUGGCCAAGGUUCAUGCCUAUAUUAUUAGUGCAUUAAAAAAAGAAAUGCCAAAUGUAUUUGGGAAAGACAAUAAAAAGAAAGAGCUUAUUGGCAACCUGGCUGAAAUCUACGUGAAAAUUGAAAAGGAACAUCAGAUCUCUCCCGGAGAUUUUCCAAAUCUUAAGAAAAUGCAGGAAGUUCUAAUGACACAGGAUUUCACCAAGUUCCAGUCCUUAAAGCCAAAAUUGCUGGACAAUGUAGAUGACAUGUUGGCCAAUGACAUUGCACGGCUUAUGGUCAUGGUUCGGCAGGAAGAAUCCCAAAUGCCAAUCCCGGUCGUUAAAGGUGGGGCAUUUGAAGGAACCAUGAAUGGUCCAUUUGGCCAUGGCUAUGGUGAGGGAGCUGGAGAAGGAAUCGAUGACCUAGAGUGGGUAGUAGCCAAAGAUAAACCAACGUAUGAUGAAAUCUUCUACACACUUUCACCUGUCAAUGGAAAGAUCACUGGAGCCAGUGCCAAGAAGGAAAUGGUGAGGUCCAAACUCCCCAACACAGUGCUAGGCAAAAUCUGGAAGUUGGCAGAUGUGGACCACGAUGGGCUUCUUGAUGAUGAAGAAUUUGCCUUGGCAAAUCACUUAAUAAAAGUAAAGCUAGAAGGGCAUGAAUUACCAACUGAUCUACCUUUACAUUUAGUUCCACCUUCAAAACGUAAAGGGGAAUAAACACUGUUCUGCCUUUACUUUCUCCUCACCUACAGUCUUCCACACGUAUCUUCUUGAACGCUUCCCUCACAAAGAACUCAAGCAUUGGGAGGGGGAAGUCUGGAACUUGAAUAUAAUCUAACACAGCUUUAAUAAAAUGAAUUAAACCGGAAAAAAAAAAAAAAAA